CAUAAAAAAACUUACUAUGAAGGAAGCUACUGCGCAAAGCUAUAUUUUUUUCCUAGCUGGCUUCGAAACUAGUUCGACGACGAUGACAUACGCUCUGUAUGAAAUGGCUCAACAUCAAGAUAUACAAGACAAAGUUUGUGAAGAAAUCGAUGAAGUAUUGGCAAAGUAUGAUGAUUUAACCUAUGAUGCUGUAAAUGAAAUGCCAUAUCUUCACAAAGUAAUAAAUGAGACUAUGAGGAAAUAUCCACCUCUUCCUGGUUUGAAUCGCAUCUGCACCAAGGAAAUAGUUUUGCCGACAACGAAUAUUCGCGUGCCAAAGGGGACAUUAAUAUCUAUACCGGUGCUUGGACUGCAUCGAGAUCCAUCAAUAUAUCCAGACCCUGAUAAAUUUGAUCCUGAACGAUUCAGCGCAGAAGAGAUAGCGAAAAGACAUCGCUAUGCUUACUUGCCAUUUGGAGAAGGCCCACAUAUAUGCAUUGGUGAGGAAAUGAAUUAA